UGCACUAUGGGUUUGGCCACAUUAUAAACAGUCUUUGUGCCAUGUCAGUCCUUCAGACGCCUGCCUCCUGGAGACAUGUCUGUGAAAACCUGGUCUCUUAGGUUUCUGGGUAAAACAAUGAAACACUCAUUCCCUAAUUUCCUCUUCUUGGGUGGAAUAGCGGCAGGAUUUUUUAUGCUAAAUACUUCCAUAAGUUUUUUGACAACUAAUAAAGUAAAUGAAAUUCUAUCUCCCAUAACUCCUAUUACAAAUGUAGACAUAAGCGUUGCCACAAAUCUCACCCAGAGAGUCAGGCUGUUAUGUUGGAUUUUAACAGCACCCCAGUUCCUGGAAUCUAGAGCCAAGCAUGUCAAUGCUGCCUGGGCCAAACGCUGCAAUAUAGUGCUGUACAUGAGCUCAGAGAAUUCAGACUUCCCUACAGUGAAGCUCAAUGUGUCUGAGGGCCGAGAUCAACUCUACUGGAAAACCAUCCGGGCCUUCCAGUACCUCCACCAACAUCACCUGGAUGAUGCGGACUGGUUCCUCAAAGCAGAUGAUGACACGUUUGUUGUUCCUGAGAACCUGCGCUAUUUGUUGUCAAAAUACAACACAGAGGAUCCUGUCUAUUUAGGCCGCAGGUUUAAGCCAUUUAUUGCUCAGGGUUACAUGAGUGGUGGAGCAGGGUACGUCCUGAGCAGAGAAGCACUGCGGAGGUUUGUGGCGGGACACGCAAGCGGACUCUGUACUCACUUCUCAGAAAUUGAGGACAUGGCUUUGGGCAGAUGCAUGAGGACCAUGAAUGUUUCACCUGGUGAUUCCAGAGAUUUCCUAAAAAGGCAAACCUUUCACGCUUUUCCUCCAGACAAACACAUGGAUAAGCUGUCGCCUAACAAGUGGAACAACUACUUUUUGUAUGAAUACUACAAACAUGUUGCGGGUCCUUCAUGCUGCUCAGAUUUUGCAGUGUCCUUUCAUUACAUUCACCCAGUGGAGAUGUACACCCUGCAGUACUUCACCUACCAUCUCCGCCCGUAUGGAUACAAGCACAGACUUGGAGCAGAAUUUGCUGCACAUAAUAAAACUGUAUGAUAUUCUCUGUCUUUUUUGUAGUAUUUAUCACUGCUUUUAUGGAGAUGCGGAUUUUAUUUUCCAGCAGGAGCAGCCUACACUAAAUAGUUGUGUGUUUCUAUUUUUUUUAUGUAUACAUUUUUUAUUCUCCUUUUAGGCCCACUCAUAUAAUUUUUUACAACAAAAAUGUACUUUAUUUAUUCUUAUAUGAAUCCAUUCAUGAAGGCACUUAAAAAAUCCAAUAGUAAACAACUUAACUGAUGAAAUGAUGCUUUCUCCCAUCUGUAACGGACUGUUGUAGUAGAAGAAGAAGAAUAUGAAUAAUAAUGGAUAUUUUUCUUACUAUUAUUGUUUAGUUACUAGUAAAUGUCAGAUCUUUUUAUACAAUCUAAAUACUGUAUAUGUGUAUCAUAUAUUUAUUUUAUUAAAUUGCAGAAUAGGU